AUGCCGCGACCUCAGGAGUGCCCCAAGCUUUACCUUCAUGCCUCGACACCAGGAGUGCCCCAAGCUUUACUUUCAUGCCUCGACACCAAGAGUGCCCCAAGCUUUACCUUCAUGCCACGACACCAGGAGUGUCCCAAGCUUUACUUUCAUGCCGCGACACCAGGAGUGCCCCAAGCUUUACUUUCAUGCCUCGACACCAGGAGUGCCCCAAGCUUUACCUUCAUGCCACGACACCAGGAGUGCCCCAAGCUUUACCUUCAUGCCACGACACCAGGAGUGUCCCAAGCUUUACUUUCAUGCCACGACACCAGGAGUGCCCCAAGCUUUACCUUCAUGCCACGACACCAGGAGUGCCCCAAGCUUUACCUUCAUGCCACGACACCAGGAGUGUCCCAAGCUUUACUUUCAUGCCACGACACCAGGAGUGCCCCAAGCUUUACCUUCAUGCCACGACACCAGGAGUGCCCCAAGCUUUACCUUCAUGCCACGACACCAGGAGUGCCCAAGCUUUACCUUCAUGCCUCGACACCAGGAGUGUCCCAAGCUUUACUUUCAUGCCUCGACACCAGGAGUGCCCCAAGCUUUACCUUCAUGCCACGACACCAGGAGUGCCCCAAGCUUUACCUUCAUGCCACGACACCAGGAGUGCCCCAAGCUUUACCUUCAUGCCACGACACCAGGAGUGCCCCUAGCUUUACCUUCAUGCCACGACACCAGGAGUGCCCCAAGCUUUACUUUCAUGCCUCGACACCAGGAGUGCCCCAAGCUUUACCUUCAUGCCACGACACCAGGAGUGCCCCAAGCUUUACCUUCGUGCCACGACACCAGGAGUGCCCCAAGCUUUACCUUCAUCCCUCGACACCAGGAGUGCCCCAAGCUUUACCUUCAUGCCACGACACCAGGAGUGCCCCAAGCUUUACCUUCAUGCCUCGACACCAGGAGUGCCCCAAGCUUUACCUUCAUGCCUCGACACCAGGAGUGCCCCAAGCUUUACCUUCAUGCCUCGACACCAGGAGUGCCCCAAGCUUUACCUUCAUGCCUCGACACCAGGAGUGCCCCAAGCUUUACCUUCAUGCCUCGACACCAGGAGUGUCCCAAGCUUUAUGUAAAGUGAUCGUUUGUCAAGGUUUAUCAACUACACAACGACAAACAGAAAAUAUUUUGGUCGGCGGAUCCCCUAACAGCAGAUAA